AUGGUUAUACACGUGAUCGCGUUGUUGUGGUGUACACUGGCUGUGACAGGUCACAGUUCAUUUGUACCUGAGCGUCGAACGCUAGGCUGCACCAACGUCGCGGUGUCGUCCUCCACGUUCGUGAUCUCGUCCAAUCCGUAUUCGUCGGCGUUCCUGGCUCUCCGGUUUUCGGCGUUUUCGUUGGCCCCAAAUGACUACGUCGUCCUUCGAUCCGUCGACGACUCGACGAUUCCGCGAGUGUACCUCUUUGCCAACGAAUCCCUUGGCAUACCGUUUGACGCGCCGCCCAUCUCGUCCACACGCGUGGAAGUCUCUCUUGUUGUAGCACCAGAAAACAAUGCGCACUCGCCAUCCUCUUGCGUCCAGGUCAGCGGGUACACGUCCGAGCUGGCCCGGCCCCCCACAAACGAAGCCGUCUGCGGACUCGAUCGAACGCAAGAAGCAGUGUGCUACCGCAUGUCGGCACCGACCAUGUUCAACAAAUCGAACGCGGUGGCACGCCUUGUGAUCAACAAAGGGGGUGUCCUCACCGGGUGCACGGGGUGGCUGCUCGGGUCGGAAGGCCACCUCGUGACCAACAACCAUUGCAUCGAAGAUGCAUCGCAAAUCGUCGGCCUUCGCAUCGAGUUUAUGGCGCAAACAUCGAAAUGCCCGCAGUCGAUCCAGGACAAGAACUGCAUGCGGCAACUGGCGUGCGUUGGCGACGCGUGGCGCGGCGACGCCGCGGUGUUUAUUUAUACAAACAAAGCACUCGAUUACACGUUGAUUCAACUUCGCCCCAGCGGAAACCACAGCCCGGGGAACAACAACAAUAACGUCGCGACCAAGUACGGGUACCUCCAGCUCCGCGCGACUGGCCCAGAAAUCAACGAGCCCAUUUACAUUGUCGAGCACCCCCAAGCAUGGGGUAAACGCAUUUCAGACAAAACGGCCACGGGGCGGGCCGUGGUCACUGGACUGAAUGCCUUUGAAGCCGAGUAUUAUUUGGACACGCAGGCCAUGUCCAGUGGGUCCCCCGUGCUUGCCGUCGAGGACGAUGCCGUCAUAGCAUUGCACCACGCAGCCUAUUCCACCUGUCCUAACCUGGGCGUGAAGAGCGACCUCAUCGUGGCAGACUUGGUCGCCCAAAAUCUCGUGCCCCAGGAUGCUGUAUUGUGGAAGCCGCGCAGCACGGGCAUAUAACUACCGGUACUGGCAAUCCAUCUCUCCAGUUCAGUUAGAUUGAGGCAAUUCCCCUAACGUUAGCCGUUAGUUGAUACGUCGACGUAAGAGUUUUAGUGUUACUGUCU